AUGGAAAUCCCGUCCAUCUCCCAUCUCCUCUCAGAGCCUCGCAUCCUGUCAAUGUAUUCCUACGAAUUCCGGGCAAUUACGCGCGAGAGCCUCCUUCUUAUCACCGACGACGAGGUCUCUGUUCGCUACCUCCUCUCGCCGGCGGCCGCCUCUUCUUCCUCGUCGUCGUCGUCCUCGUCCUCUUCGUCGCCCUCGUCGUCCAUGUUCCCCUACCCGGGCCAGCACAACCCGGCGGCCGCCUUCUCCAUCGCCAGCCCGGGCCGCUACAUGGCGCACCACCCGGUGCUGGCCAACGGCGCCUACAACAGCCUGCUCUCCAACUCGGCGCCGCAGGGCUACCCGGCCGCCGGCUACCCCUACCCGCAGCAGUACGGCCACUCCUACCAGGGCGCGCCCUUCUACCAGUUCCCCUCCGCCCAAGGCGGCCUGGUCCCCGGCAAGGCGCAGGUCUACCUCUGCAACCGGCCCCUCUGGCUGAAGUUCCACCGGCACCAGACCGAGAUGAUCAUUACCAAGCAAGGCAGGCGAAUGUUCCCUUUCCUGAGUUUCAAUAUCUCCGGUCUGGAUCCCACGGCGCACUAUAACAUUUUCGUGGAUGUCAUCCUGGCCGACCCGAACCACUGGCGAUUUCAAGGCGGCAAGUGGGUGCCCUGCGGCAAGGCGGACACCAACGUGCAAGGGAACCGCGUCUACAUGCACCCGGACUCGCCCAACACGGGAGCCCACUGGAUGCGCCAGGAGAUCUCCUUCGGCAAGCUGAAGCUGACCAACAACAAGGGCGCCUCCAACAACAACGGGCAGAUGGUGGUCUUGCAGUCCCUGCACAAAUACCAGCCCCGCUUGCACGUGGUGGAGGUGAACGAGGACGGCACGGAGGACACCAGCCAGCCCGGCAGGGUGCAGACCUUCACCUUCCCGGAGACCCAGUUCAUCGCCGUCACCGCCUACCAGAACACCGAUAUCACACAGCUGAAGAUCGACCACAACCCCUUCGCGAAAGGCUUUCGAGACAACUACGACACGAUCUACACGGGCUGCGACAUGGACCGCCUGACGCCCUCGCCCAACGACUCGCCCCGUUCGCAGAUCGUGCCCGGCGCCCGCUACGCCAUGGCGGCGGCCGGCUCCUUCCUGCAGGACCAGUUCGUCAGCAACUACGCCAAGUCGCGAGGCUUCCAUCAUCACCACCACCACCACCCGCACGCCCACCACCCGGGCGCCGGCGGCGGGGCCGGGGCCGGCGGGGCCGGCGGGCAAAGCUGCCUCCGUCGAGCCCCCCCCCAGGCCUCCAGAGGCCGUGACCAGAACUGGCCGGAAGGUCCGCCCAGCUCCUGCCAGCUCUUGGCCAAUCCCCGGGGCGCGCUCCCGGCCAGAGCGGCUGGAGCGGCCAGCGCCUGGGUGGCGCGCCUGGCCUGGAGCAACUGGAAAGGAACCCGAGUCCCCUGGCCCCUCGGCGCCUCCCCGAGUGCUUAUCCCGGACUAAGCUGGUGUUCGGACUGGAGCCCACCUUCCUCAGAUGCCACCAGAGGCCCAGAAGCUUGA